AUGACGGGGAUUUUUCUGGCACUUCUGCUGCUUUCCGUAUCGUCCUGGUACGGACGCGCGCAUGGCUACAGCCAUGGCCAGCUCCUACCAAGAGUAGACUCUGGUAACUGCACUCGCUUUAUAGUCUCGGGAUCGAUUCCAGGGUAUUUUCAAAACCAUGCCUUUUAUGACUUCCGCCAACUGGGCGAUUACGCCAGUGCCUCACCGCCGGCCAAAAUCACGUCCAAGCAAGACAGUGGCGAUGAGAAUGUGACUUCAACUUACUUCAACACCACUGCCUUCCAAGGCUGGAACAUUCUGAGCGGCGUCAGGUCGGACGAAUCCACCGUGCCGAUGAUCUACUCGGCUCAAAAUAUCUUUAUUUCUGAUGCCAACUCUUCAGACGACGGCGCCGCCACCUACCUGAGUCUUCGCACAUCACGACUCUCUGCUUUUCAGAGUAUGGCGGAGAUUAAGAGCACAUCAGACAAUUACUUGCACGCCAGUCUUCGGAUCCGAGCGAAAUUUUUGGCUUCCAGUGAUGCAGAUGUUGCAUCGGGAGCGGUCUUCGGCUUCUUCACAUACAAGACCGACAAUCAAGAAAGCGACAUUGAAAUCUUGACCGCCGAAGAUGCCGACACGGUCCAUUUUACCAAUCAGCCUGCGUCUGAUGAGGACGAAGCAGCACAUGCCAUUGUAUCCCUGCCCGAUGGCAAGCAUUGGACAGACUGGGUGACCUACCGGCUUGAUUGGUUCAAUGGUACCAGUGCAUGGUACAUCGACGAUGAGCCCAAGGUGCAGUCGACAGACAGUGUCCCGACCGAACCCAGCUCGGUGGUCUUGAACCUCUGGAGCAACGGGCAGAGCUUCUCAGGAAAGAUGGCGGUCGGCAAGGAGGUUCUGGUGGCUGUGGAAUGGAUUGAGAUGGUCUACAAUGUCAGUGACAGUCAGGUCAAUACAGCAUCUCCGGUCACCUGCAAGGUCGACGGUGUAUCUGUUACGGGACAAGCCGAAGUCGUCGUCGAGUCCAAGUCCAAGUCGAACGCGAUUCGACGUUCGGAGCAGACAACAACUUCUUUUUUAGGGGUUAUCUUGGCAGCUCUUUUCCUGGCCGGGUCGUUCGAUCUGGUCUGA